AGCGGCUGGGUCUCUCCCCACGGGAGAUGGCAGUGGGCAAGGCCCAUCCCUUCUGUUCAGACCCAAGGAAGGCCAAUCACCCACACUGCCUGGCCUCAGCGCUCUCCAGACAGGCAUCACAGUUUCCAGCUGGGAGCUGGGAGGCGUCCUUUUUGGUCUACAAGCGUCAGGAGAGUGGCGGAAAGGCACGGGUGGGAGGCGCAAGUGCGGUGGGCAGCUCUGGGUGCCCUCAGUCAGCUGGACGAGGGAGCCAGGAGUUUAGGUCCUGCAGCUGCCGGCACCAUGAGCACAGAGGGCCCCAGCCUCACUGGGACCCCAGCCUUCCUCACUACCCCAGCCACUCCUGGGACCCUCGCAGAGGUGGCAGACGCCCUCCCAGUGCUCAUUGCCCUGGCCUGCAUCUUCCUCCUACUGGCCUCCUGCCUGCUGUUCCUGACGCUCUGCAAGCCAGCUGCGCUGGACCCAAGCUGCUGCCGGGCGCGGGAGUGCCUGCCCCACCACCCCUCCAGCCCCAGCGAGCCCCACCUGAGGCUCUGGAAGCGCCUGGGCUCCCUCCGUGGCUCCCUGCACAGCUUCAGGCGGGGCCAGGGCCGGCCUGCCCCUCCACACCCCCUGCGGGGACCCGACGACAGCCUCGGUGACAGUGACUGUGCGGAAUUUACCAAGAUGUGACAGGGGCCCCCAGGUUUACCUGCAGAACCUCCUACCUGGCACCAUAGACUACAGACGGCAGCCCAAGCAACCCAUGCCCCACAUCCCGCCCCCAAGGGCUUCUUCGGGUGCCUAGUCCAGGUCCUUUCCCAGAGGUGGCCUUGGAAGAGGACUUUCUCCCUAUAGAGCCCCUGCUGCUGCCUGCUUGACGACCCCUGGGUCAUACAGGAAAGAUCAGGAGAGACCAGGGCAGGUGAUGGCAGUGCCAGGGAGGCAGGGGGCUGGCUACCACCAGCAGGAGGAGGGGAUGGCAGCUGGGUACUGAGGAGGUACUGCAGUUGCCCUGUGCCCCACCCAGAGAAAGAGGCCACCUCCCUUCAAGUGGGACCGUUUAGACCUCCAGGACAGCUGUGGGACCUCCAUCCUGGCCCAUAUCGGACGCUCUGUGUUUCAUUGACUGAUCCAUCAGUAUGGAGUUCUCAGACUCGAGAGACUUAGAUUUUUCCACUCAAGGCCAAGGCUAAACAGGGUAUGGGUCUCCAAUUGGGAGAGUGUGCAGAGGGCUUUAUUUCCUACCCAAGAGCCAGCCAGCCAGGCCCCACCCACCACUGGGCCACACCCACCCUACUCUGCUGGGACCCAGGGCAGCCAGCCAGGUCUUCUCCAUGACUGGGCCUUGGGUUUGUCACUCCCCAGCUUCCAAACCUUCACUGGCUCCCUAAUGCCCACUGGACACAGCCAAAGCUCCUACCCUGGUGUACACUGCACUCCUGAAUUAAAUGUGUCUCUCUUGGAAAGCUGAGACUCCAGGAAACCUCCUGUCCUCCCUGUCCACCUUAUGCUUCACGCAGCUCCUGCUCUGCAAAGCCCUCUCUCCUCCAGCCAAACUACCCUCCUGCCUGGAACUCUGACUUUCCUCCUCCUGUAACCUACAUUGUCUUGCCUAUGUCUCUUUCCUCCAAGCCUGGGAGCCUGUGGAGAGCUAGAUCUUAUCCAACCUCCUGCUUUGACCUGCCAGCUCUGGGAAUAGAAGCAUUGAACCUUUGUUUAGGGGUGAAGGUUGCCCAGGCUGCAUGCAUCCUUAACCCCAAUGCAGCAGGAGACCUGUAAGAAGCCAGCACAACCCUGGGCCCCAUCUGCCCUCUGAUGUCUCCAGAAGGAAGACCGCUCUCCAGGCAGGCCCUGCUGGAGGGGCCACUGCACCUGGCUGCCUGCCCUCCUUCCCUUCCCUCCCUCUCCCUCUUCCAGCUCAGUCUGACCUCAGAUGGGGAACCCAGCUUUGCCAGAAACUCCUCAUAGGGCAUGGGAGGAGGCACCCAGAGACCUGAACUUCUCCUUAAGAAGGAGGGGGGAGAAGCAAGGAGCCUGCCAUGACUUGUGUCUAGAUAUCCCCCCAAAUUUUCAUGAGGUCAUAGAUGGAGCUUUUCAGAGGUGGCCAGAUCUAGAGUAUGAUGCUGGGAUCAAGGGUGUAUGAUUACUAAAUUAGUCCAUUGAUUGGCUUGGCAUAGUUCUGGGUAGGAUUAAGGGUGCCCUUCCCUGGUGUGAGUGCUACCCACCCUAAGGGCAGGAAGCCUGGAUAGAAUAUAAGGGACAGAAAGAGGGUUGCUGUGUUCAGUUUGUGCUUGCUACGUCACUGCUUUGCUGCCUUAUGCCCACCAUGAACUGUUUCUCCUCUGCGAUUCCCCUCUGCCAUGCCACCCUGCCUUGGAGCCAGAACCUCUACCAACUGUGAACUACAAUAAACUUUUUCUC